AGUGGGCAACGUGAUGACGUCGUUAUGGUAACGAUCCCUGAGGGAGGACGGAGGACGAUGAGUGAGCCGAGAGGGGCUGACAGAGAGCAGAGGGGCCGGGGCAAGACGAGAGGAUGAGCCGGCCGACGGAGCAGCAGCACCCGCACCGGCCUCCGACCACAUCUGCUGGAUCCGACUCGAAGCUCCGUUGCGAGUGAGAAAUACAACGAGCAACCGGCGUUAGUUUCACCUUUAAACCCCCCCGGUCUUUGAGGAUGUGACGCCGGAGCCCGGAUCAUGCACCGACCGCUCUCGUCUGCGUUUUCUCCAGAAGAAGCAGGGGAGGUGAAGCCCCGCCAGGAAAGAAGAUGUCCGCUUUGAAGGACUUGUUCGGCGGCUGUGAAACCCGCUAAUCUCGGACGGUGUGGGUCGCGGGUGCUGGAGAAGGGGGUGGGGGGGAGGAGAAGGAGGAGGAUUGAUGGCACAGCGGAGAAGGAAAGACAGAACCAGCAGCUGACACCAGGGGUUUGUGAACAGCGGGUUUGUUGGGAUUGAGGAAUGGAUGUUGCUUUCUUCGGUUCGGGAUAAGUCUCCAUACAUUCGCCCUCAGAUUUCACAUCAGCAGCACUCACUCGCAGCGGGCUAGCGACGGAUGGAUAACGCCGAAGCUGUUGUUUCCCCCGACAUUUUAACUUAGUUUUAUUUGUUUAAAGGCAGCUCCAGCACUCCGGGUUGAAUUGGGCUGUAAAUCCCAGUCCUGUCGGUGGGAGCCGGGGUCGUUAAUCCUCGCCUGGACUCAGCGGAGGAGUUGUCUUUAGCUAGCUAUAGCAUCAACUACUGCCAGGGCUGCGGUGCGUUCACGGGCACCAUGCAAGCACGCAAGCUCGGGUGAAACCACCACCACCAAAAUGUACCCAAGGGCAUAACAACAACAACAACAACAACAACAACAACAACAACAACAAGUCAUGUCGGACUGACAGCAGCACCGUGGCUCCACCGGCCGUGAAGUCACCGCAGCGACCACAGCGGCUCAUUACCAGGCGGGGAGAGGGGGGGAGAUCAGGAAGCUAACCCGUUCUCAUCGCCCUCCAGAGACCACGGAGAGCAGCAGUUUGCACCAGCUCCAGCCACCAGAUCCAGCAAACAUGGGAGAGCAGCCCAUCUUCAGCACACGGGCCCACGUCUUCCAGAUUGACCCAAACACCAAGAAGAAUUGGGUUCCCACGAGUAAACACGCUGUCACAGUCUCCUACUUCUUCGACAGUACCAGGAAUGUAUAUCGAAUCAUCAGCCUGGAUGGAUCUAAGGCCAUCAUCAACAGCACCAUCACCCCCAACAUGACAUUCACAAAGACGUCGCAAAAGUUUGGCCAGUGGGCCGACAGCCGGGCGAACACAGUCUACGGCCUCGGCUUCUCAUCUGAGAGUCACCUGGUCAAGUUUGCAGAUAAGUUUGCUGAGUUCAAGGAGGCAGCGCGACUAGCGAAGGAGAAGUCUCAGGAGAAGAUGGAGCUCACCAGCACUCCCUCUCAGAGCGGCGCUGCAAAAAGGAACGUGUUGUCAGUCAGCAAACCUGAUAAAAAGAAGGAGUCGGCCCCGGGUGACCUGCUGUCACCUUUGACCCCUGAGAGCAUCAACGGUACGGACGAAGAGAGAGUCAUCCCAGACCCACCACAACCCGCUGAAGCCAGAGCAGAGCCGUCCCAGAAUGCACUGCCCUUCUCUCACAGUUCCAGUUCAUCCAACAUCAAUAAGCACUGGGAGGCGGAGCUUGCGGCACUCAAGGGGAACAACGCCAAACUGACAGCAGCUCUGCUCGAGUCCACAGCCAACGUCAAACAGUGGAAGCAGCAGCUGGCAGCCUAUCAGGAGGAGGCGGAGAGGCUACACAAACGGGUGACGGAGCUCGAAUGUGUGAGCGGCCAAGCAACGGUCAUCAAAUCUCAGAAGACAGAGCUUAACCAAACUAUAGAGGAGCUGGAGUUGGCUUUAAAGGACAAGGAGGAGGAGUUGGAGAAGCUUAAAGCAGAGGUGCAGCGUGCACACGAGUUUCAGUCUCAGAAAGACUCUCUCACAGAGAAACUACAGGACACAGAGACGAGGAACCAGACGCUGGAGGCCCAGCUGAGCGACCUGGAGCAGCGUCUGGAGAGCAGCCAGCUGGAGAGAGAAGCCUUUCGCAAGAGCCUGCGCUCCCUGCUGGAGCUGCUGGACACCAAGAUCUUCGAGCUGACCGAGCUGCGGGACACACUGGCCAAGCUCAUCGAGGGGAGCUAGACACACACACAUGCACGCACGCCUCCACUUCCACCAACGUCAACACAGCAGCCAGCGUGGCCCAGAGAGUCACUCUAAUAAAAGAAUUCACCUGCAUGUUGGCACUCACAUUAUCACAGACAUGUAAAACAACUUGAAUUCUCUUCUCUUUUAUUUCCACAUGUAUACGAUACGUGUAAGAGUAUGUUUACACACUUUAUGCAUUAACGGUACACACAUUUUGCAACGUCCGCAUCGUUUACAAAGUGAAGAGGGCUUCGCUCGGGACAUGCCUUCCCUCCGCUCGCUCCACUCUGGAUUAUUCUUGACUUUGUGACGACACAGAAACUCUGAAUGAAUCUGUUUUGAAUUUUUGGAAUAUUGAGCAGACGUUACAUUUUCUUCUUGCUUUCUGCUCCUUCGUUGAUUUCGACUUUUUCAGCUUCGCUUUGGUGCAGUUUUUUCGAACCACCUGGAGCCUACGAUUGGUCCGCAUCUCCUUUUUUUUUUUCUUCUCUUUCUUCCUCACUUCUCUCAGCCUCCCAUGGGUCAUUUUCAGCCAAAUCAACCCUGUAAGAGUCGACUCGAGCUUUUCUUACACCCUGAGAUUGAUCUUUUUUUUUUUUUGUCGUUAUUGAAACUCUGGAGGGUCGAAUGUGAUGAAGAGAUGAGUACUGAUGUUCCUCCUCUGACUGAAAUCCACUG